AUUUUCUUUUUCUCAUUACCUUCCUCUCUGAGAUCACCCAGAUAGCCAUCGAAGAAGAAAAAAGCAGAGAUAAUUUUGAAGCGUCUAAGAAGUUACUUCUUAGGCCUUCGAUUUUCUCUUCUUCGUUGUUCGCGUGUUCUAAUUCGAUUUACUACAAAGGUAUUAGGGUGCAUUUACGUCCAAAUCCCAUGGCGGAUGAAAAGCGAAAGGCUGCUCCUGAAAAGGAUACAAGUGCAAUAAAAAAAGUUUUGUCAACUAAGUCAUUGGGUUUAAUCAAAGCAUGGGAAGAAAGCGAGAAAACAAAAGUAGACAACAAGACAAAUAAAAAGUUAUCUAAUGUUGUUGCCUGGGAGCUCAGCAAGCAAGCAUAUAUUGAUGCGCGACAGAAGAAGUUUGAGCGAAAACUAGAAAGGAAGAAGGCAGUGUACGUAGAAAAGAUGCAAAAUAAAAUUGCUGACAUUCAUAAGAAAGCAGACGAGAAAAGGGCGAUGGUUGAAGAUGUGAAAGGGGAAGAACGUGCAAAGGUAGAAGAGAAGGCUGGCAAAUUCCGUGAAAUUGGGCAUGUACCAAAGAAAAUCCUAUGUUUUAACUUUUGAAAUUUGUGUGUGUUUGUCUAUUUUUUUGUUUUGUGUGCUUCACUCAAUAGUUUUUAGUGUAGAACAUGUGAAAUUUAAUGCUAAUGUUGGGCAUAUAUUUAUGUAACCCAAUGCUAAAACAUCUCUGUGGUACAUUUUUGUCUAAUGAGAUUUUGUAUGAGCCAAUCA